UUGCGUGGCAUCUUUGGUCCGAUAAACAGUUCAAGAUGCAGGUGAUAGCUGUCUUGCUCGUGUCCCUGGCGGCUGCUGGGCUGGCUGCUGUCGACGGCGCUGACGCCCCUCAGGGAAUCGGCGCCCCGAGAAUAGGAGAUUUCAUUCAGAAGUUCGCGCAGGACCUCUCUUCGGCGUCCCGGAAUGAACCUCUCAACGCCGUGUUCUCCCCGUUCAGCAUCACGUCCUUGCUCUCGAUGCUGCUGAUGGGCACGUCCGCCUCGACCUACGACCAGCUCCGCUCCGCGCUUCGGUACCCGCCACAGGUGCCUGACGCUGCGAUUCACGACGCCUACCGAAACCUCAUGCAGACCCUCGUCCAAGAAAACCCGGGGAUAAUCGUGAGCGUGGCCAACAGGCUGUUUCUGAACCCCGAUGCAGAUAUCCUGGAGUCCUACAAUGACAAUGCGCAGCGGUUUUAUGGGACCAAAGUGCAGCAGCUCGACUUCUCCCGCCCGAGCGCCGCGAGGGACGCCAUCAACGCGUGGGUGAACCAGAUGACUCGAGGCAAAAUCCCGAAGCUCUUGACCAACGUUAACCCCCAGACGUCCGCGCUGGCCGUCAACACAGUCUACUUCAAGGGCGACUGGGAGAACCCCUUCGACAAGACGGGCACCACCCGGGGCACUUUCAACACGGGCAAACGCAUCAUCAAUAUCCCCAUGAUGUCCACGAUCAUGAAGGUGCUAUACACUGACCUCCCUGUUUUGAACGCUGACAUGAUAGGUUUGCCGUACAAGGGAGGUCAGUUCGCGAUGUACUUCAUUGUGCCAAAGGGACCCGCUUCACUGAGGUCACUACACACUCUGGAGUCCCAGCUGGAUCCCCAUACCCUCAAUCGGUACAUCGGGAACAUGUCCCUCAUCCACAUGAACGUCUUCCUGCCCAGAAUGCGACUCAACUUCAGGACCGAUCUUGCCGACACUCUGAAGCAGUUUGGAGUCACCGAUCUCUUUGAUCCUAGCCGAGCGGACUUCAGCAAAAUGACGUCCAACAGGAUCUUCGUCGAUAAAGUCAUUCACGAGACGAUCAUUGACAUCACGGAGGCCGGCACGGAGGCAGCAGCGGCCACGGCAUCAACCAUAGUUCGCUUCGGUUCGUCGCGAGAAUUCUCCGUCAACCGGCCCUCGCUUCUCCUCCUCCGGGAACAGCAGACGGGAGUGCCUCUCUUCUGGGGCAGAAUCGUCGAACCCGAGCCCUUGCGUUAGGGCUUCAGGGCGCCACCAAUGCUUCGUUGUUGAUCGUUUUUGUUAUUGUUGUAGAAAACACGAAAUUUAAGGCCUUAAAGUGUGUUCUUACUUGUUCAUGUCCACUCGCCUUGAUCUCUCCCCACUGGUGAGUCUCAAGUUUUUCUGUUAGAAGUAUUGUCUGUCUCAUGUGAUUGUUGAAUAUGUAAAAAUAUAAACUACUCAUUACCUUAGAA